AUGUUCGGAGCAAGGUUUGAUCCAAGUGCUUUGGAGAGUGAUGUUGUUGAUGUCACACCCAGGAGGAAUCUUCUUAUUCGAAAGAGAAAGAUUAGUGAGGUGGUAGACAAGGAAGAAGAUCUGGAAGAAGAACAAGAUCUGGAAGAGUCUAGUUCAGAAGAAGAGCAGGCAGAGCAAGAACUAUCUGAUGCUGAUGCUGGUUCUGAUUCUGAACCUGAACCUUCAGAACAAGAUUCUGAAUCUGAACAAGAGGAAGAUGACAACAUGAGCAUAGACGAAGAAGAAGCAGGUUCUGACAAAGACGAAGAAGAAGUCCAACAAGACAAAGACUACGUUUCCAAACAUCAGUCAAUAUUCUCCAAAUUCAAAAAGUCUAUACAAGUAGAAUCAACAGAAACAGAAGAAAUAACCGAUGACCCAAUUGAAGUUCAGGAUUUAGCACCACUUCCCCAACCAGCAUUACCCAAGGACAGAAAACUUGUAUCUACCACCACCCAUUUGAAAUCGUUGAAUUGGUUAGCCACUCCAAUAUACGCAUCGCCAAGUGACACCAAACCAUUCACUGAAUUCCCAUUAUCUCAAUUCAUGCAACGGAACUUAACCAGUAACAACUUCACCAAUGCAUUCUCAGUGCAAAUUGCCGUGUUAAACCUUAUGUUGCAAGACAUUCACGAUCAUAAAUUACAGCCAGAUGUAAAGGGAGACAUUUUAGUGAAUGCAUCUACUGGUUCUGGUAAAACAUUAGCAUAUCUGAUUCCAAUAAUUGAGAGUUUGCACACAAGGGUGGUUCCUAGAAUAAGAGCAAUUAUAUUGGUCCCUACAAAACCCUUGAUUAAUCAAGUUAGAUCGACAUUACUUGUUUUAUCCAAGGGAACAAACUUGUCUGUUGUCAGUUUAAAGAAUGACAUUUCCAUUAAGGACGAAGCUAGUAAGUUAAUUGAGAAUGUCCCUGAUAUCAUUGUGUCUACCCCCGGUAGAUUGGUCGAACACAUUCUUCAAAGUUCAAUUGACUUGAGUGCAUUGCAAUUCUUGGUGAUUGAUGAAGCCGAUAGAUUGUUAAACCAACUGUUUCAAAACUGGUGCCAGAUUUUACUCUCAAAGAUUGAUAACAAUAUAAACAUUGCCGAGGAGUGGAAAUUACCAGUGCAGAAGCUUAUCUUCUCGGCAACAUUGACCACUGAUGCAGGGAAAUUAAGCUCUUUGCAAUUUCAAAAACCACGAUUGGUGAUUGUCAAUGAUGAGAAGGAGUUGGUUAAUGAAAUAUUCACUGUUCCUCCUACAUUAUCUGAAUUCAAAUUACAAUUUGGAAGUGCAAAAUCUUCGAUAAAACCAUUAAUCUUGACAAAGUUCUUGAUAUCUCAAGGCAAGUUAUCUAACGUGUUGAUCUUUACCAAAUCUAACGAAUCUUCAUUAAGAUUGAGUAAAUUGUUGCAACUUCUCUUUUCACAAUUGAACAAGAACGUGAAUAUAGCAUACAUGAACUCUACCAACAACAGAUCGUCCAUCCGUACCAAAAUCCUCAAGGAAUUCUCCAACCAAACCAUAAACAUCUUAGUUGCUACCGACUUGAUUGCCAGAGGUAUCGAUUUGGUGACAAUCACAGACAUAGUGAACUAUGACUUGCCCAACAGUUCACGAGAAUACGUGCAUAGAGUGGGUCGUACAGCCAGAGCAAACAAUAUCGGGCAAGCAUACAGUUUGUGUUUCGGAAAGGGAGAGAUUAAAUGGUUUGACAAGAUUUCUAAAGACGUGGGUAGGAAACGCGAUGUGGAAGCUAUUGAUGCUAGUGUUAAGGAGUUGAUUAACAAGGAGGAUGAAGAUGCUUAUGCUAAUGUGUUGCAAGAAUUGAAAUCUCAAUUGAAGUGA